AUGGCGACCUUCCUCGCCAGCGCCCCGGCUCCAGCCCCCAAGCGGGCAGCCGCGUUCCCCAGGAGCGACAUCAAGAUUCAGAUCAAGGACCACUAUUCCUCCAAAGUCUACACCAGCGGCUCCUCUUUGUCAGGCGAAGUUCACAUCACUACCCGCCGUGAUGUCCCCUUCGACGCGAUCCAGAUCCUCCUCAUUGGCCACACCAAGACCUCCUUCGAGGGCAUGUCUGUCCCACAAGCCAUCACCCACACAUUCCUCAAAAUGUCCAUGCCCGUGCCCGACUCGCUAUAUCCUUCCCCUCGUGUCCUCGAAAAUGGGAAAACAUAUACAAUCCCCUUUCACUUUGUCAUUCCGCGCCAUUUGACCCUGUCUGCGUGCAACCAUGACCGUCUUAAGCCCCAGCUGCAGGAGCAUCACUUGUUGCUGCCGCCUAGCUUGGGAGGGUGGCAUCACCGCGAUGAUAUGUCACCGCGCAUGGCGAAGGUUGAGUAUACUAUCAAGGCGCGCGUGGUAAGGGAUGAUCCGGUGCCGCCGCCGGCAAAUGCCCAGUCUGGGGAGCAGCCCACGACUAAGAGGAUCAGAAUCAUGGAGGCCACGCAUAACAUCCAGGUUCUCCCCGCGACGCCUGAGGACCCGCCGUUGAGCAUCACGCCAGCGGAUAAACUAUACAAGAUGAGCAAGACCAAGACGCUUCGCAAGCGUCUGCUCACCACCAAACUGGGCACUAUCACAGCCGAAGCCUCCCAACCCGCGGCAGCGGUUGUAUCCUCAGACGGUCGUCAGGUCGUGUCUACUCCCACAGCCCAUGUCAAGUUCACUUUCACCCCUUCAACCUCCAGCAACUCCUCCAAGAAAGGCGUCCUCCUCCCCAUCGUUACCGGAGUAUCAGCGAAGAUUGCAGCAUACACAUACUUCUCCUCCGGCACGAUCAGCGACUUCCCCGACCUGGGCGAGGGCUUUAUUCAACCGUAUGUGUUUGACCGUCGCGGAGUAUACUCAACUGCCGUACCCUUAAGGGGGGUUGAAGUGGGUGAGCAGCCCGUCUGGAGUACUACUUCCACUUCCUCAGGGCCAUCGACGCCGGAGCAGGCCCAACCGGGGUUGGUGAGACGAGACUCGGGGUAUUGCUCUAGUCGGUGUAGCGACUCAUCCUCCUCUUUUGGUUCUGGGUUCAGGGCGAAGAGGAAGCCCAAAACCCCCACUGCUAUCCCUGGUCCGUCGACGACGAUGGCCAAGACCCAGACCACGACACUGUCUAUCCCCUUACCACUUCCAACAGACAGGAAACUUUUCGUCCCCACCUUUCAUUCGUGCAUCGCUUCCCGGGUGUACACCGUCCAGCUGUCGGUCAGUAUUUCCGUCUCCGGCGCAAGCACAACCCUGAACCUAUCCCUUCCCCUGCAGGUCUGUGUAGAGGGGUUCUUGCCUGCUUGGGAGACUCCCUCUGCCCUGCUGCCCAUUCUGGACGGCGCCCCCGCUGAGGGACCGCAGAAUGGCAGCAGAGAGACCGUGACGGACGGGACCUGCUCUGAGGGCUGCGGUACCACCCCCCUCGGUAUCUCUGCUCCAUGCCAAGGGGGUAUCAUGCUCCCCCCGAGCUUCGAAGAAGCUGAGGCGGAUGAGUAUCUUCGUCCAAGGGUUUGGCGCGUGCCGGAGGGUCUACCGACGGAUGAAGAAAGGAGGGAGAGAGCCCAGGAGAUGGGUGGGCUGCCUGGAUAUGGCGGCUUGUUCGGGUUGCAUGGGAUGGGAAACCAGGAGGGGAGAGAGAGGACUCAAGCGGAUGGGGAUGGGUUGCCCGGAUAUGCGGGGUUGUUUGGUCGGAGGGUUGAUUUGAUGUCUUAG